GUGUUUGUUUGCUUGUGGAAGGGUUGUAAAGUAUAUAACACUCCAUCCACCAGUCAGAGUUGGUUACAGAGGCAUAUGCUGACACACAGUGGAGACAAACCUUUCAAGUGUGUUGUUGGCGGCUGCAAUGCCAGCUUUGCUUCUCAGGGGGGGCUAGCGCGCCAUGUGCCCACACACUUCAGUCAGCAGAAUUCAUCAAAGGUGUCUAGCCAACCAAAGGCCAAAGAAGAAUCUCCUUCUAAAGCUGGAAUGAACAAAAGGAGGAAACUAAAGAACAAAAGACGACGCUCAUUACCACGCCCGCAUGACUUCUUCGAUGCACAGACACUGGAUGCGCUAAGACACCGAGCCAUAUGCUUUAAUCUCUCAGCUCACAUAGAAAGUCUAGGGAAGGGACACAGUGUUGUUUUUCAUAGUACUGUAAUAGCUAAGAGAAAAGAAGAUUCUGGAAAGAUAAAACUUUUGCUUCAUUGGAUGCCUGAAGACAUUCUACCUGAUGUAUGGGUGAAUGAAAGUGAACGACAUCAAUUAAAAACUAAAGUAGUUCAUUUGUCAAAGCUACCCAAAGAUACUGCCUUGCUUUUGGACCCAAACAUAUACAGAACAAUGCCGCAGAAGAGGUUGAAGAGAACUCUGAUAAGAAAAGUGUUCAGUUUGUAUUUAAGCAAACAGUGAACGACAUUUGCAAUCAACUAAAAAUUCGUCUAUCGAAUUAGGGCUGAAAAUUACUGUUAAAGAGUGUUGCCGUAUGUCUGGUGGCUCCCUUUUCAGAACUAGGGUUUUCUCAUGGAGUACAGUAUGUUAAUAUUUACCUAUAUAACUAAUCUGUUAACGGUUUUUGAAAAACCUCUAUUUCAAAUUAUUUGAAUAAUCUCCCAUAUUUUCAUUUAACCUAUAUGACUCUAAUUUUUUCUGAGGAAAGCAUUUGGUUCUUGAGUUGUUUUUUCUUAAUGUAAGAAAAAUUGUAUUUUUUUUAAAGUAUCUUCAAACUGAAUCAUUUAUGCACCAAAGUUGGUUUUGAAAACGAAAAUAAAAUCACUUUCUUGCUUGUUGAGCAAGAAGCCAUAUGGAAUUUUUUUUAACUUACAAAAAUGAAAAUAUGUGUAACUUGUUAGUAUUGUAUGAAACAUGUUGCAUAGAGAUAACAGAACAUUGCUUGUAAAUAAUUCAGCAGAUUUGUAAUAUAUUUUUAUAUUAUGAAAUGUACUGUAGAUGUUUUUCUAGAGGCAUGAAAGUUAAAUGUAUAUAUUAUGGUAGAAAUAAUAUUGAAGGAUAUUGUAACUCAUUAGUGCUGCCAGAGGAACUGUUAAUCAAGCACCUUCUUUAACAAUAAAUGUCCUUUGCAGACUUAAGGGGCUAUGUACUACUGUUAAUAUCUGUAAGAACAAAACACAUUGAACAUCCUUCCAGAAGGUCUUUGAGGAGGACCUGUACCCAUAAUAGAAUUAUGGCACUCAUUUCUGACAAUGGCCAGGAAAUGAAUGUGUCCUCGCUGUUGGAAGGACAUAGUGUAGAGUAUAUGGUUAUGUGCAGUCAAACUGCAGAAGUACUCCUGAUUGAGGAGUUUUCACUUUACUACCGUGGCAGGAGAAAAAAAAGAAAGAAAAAAAACCAGCAGUUUUUACACUAAAUUUUUUUUUAAAGAAUAGACAAAAAUAUAAAAUUAAGCCUUUGGUUCCAAAAUGGGAAAGGUUCCAUGAUGCAUAAGUCAUUUCUCAUUUGCUUUAAAAAAAUAAAUAACAAAAAUUACGUGAGACUUUAUUCAUUAACAAUGGGAUGAAAAUAUAUAUACAUGAAGUGAGUCAUAAAAUUAGUGAAGUGCAAAUGGAAGCACUGCUACUGUUGAGACGUUCUGGAUGGCUGUUUAAUAAGGGUGUUACCAUAUGAUCUGUAGCAAAUGUGAUUUUAUUUUUAAAAAGAAAAGCAGUGUGUUUUCUUACUAGUUUUUGUUUUCUUUUGCUUAAGCACUUCAUCAGUUGCUUUAUUCUGUAAGAAGUAAUCUGCAAUCUCCUUUGUUGUUUUAAAAUUUUGGUUUGUUAUAAAAUUGCCAAAUAGAAAUGUUUCAGAUACAUAGUUUGUACCUGUAUUUUUAUUUUAUUGCUUCAUGUUCUUGUAAGUCAUUCUUAAUUGACCAAUGAUUGUAGACCUUGCUUGAGUAUUUUUUUCUAAUAAAACAAAGCAAAUCACAUUUAGCUUCACAUCGUAACAAUUCAAUUUAACUUUAAAAUGACACCUGAAAACACACAUCAAUGCUUUCUUUAGGGGCACAGUGAAUAAGUUUUUUCAUUGUGUAGCAUUCUUAGAUGUUAGAACCAAACUUCAUGAUUAUCCAAAUUGCCUCACUCAUCCUUUCGCUGCUUAUCUGACUUGUUUUGAUACUGUCAUUAGCACACCAAAAAUAAUAUGGAAUUAAAGUGAGCAAGUUUUAUAAGGUGUAUGUAUAUAAUUUACACUCACUUAAUUGUGAUUGGAAAGUAAGUGGAAGUUUUAAUCUGUAAUGUUUGUCUAUUGAUGUUUAUCAUCUAUAUUGUUCUUCCUUUCCCCAACUAUGACAUAUUUGUAAUGUGAUACCUGAAACCAUCAGUCUUUCCUCAGAGUCCAUGUUUAACAGAGCUUUGGGCAAAGUCCAGCCCACAGACACAGCUGUUGGUCUCCACGCUGUCUGUGCUCUCCCCUGUAGCAGCACAGGUUGGUAGGAAGACCACAGGCUGCAGGCCUCAAGUACUUAACUGGCUGGCCCUUUAAGAAAGUGUUUGCUGAUCUCUUGUCUAGGUAGCAAAAUAAACGGCAUAAUGUGCAUUUUAAUAUGAUGGUGUUGACUUUGGUGGUAAGCCAGUAUGCUAAUUUUCUGUGAAAGUUGUUAAUACACUUUAUAGUAAAAAUUGCUACAGGUACUUGCAACACAUGGUGUUUUGGGGGACUUUUACAUUGAAUUUCUUAAUAGCUGUUAAUAACCCACCAUCUCACCAUUUGUAUUUUUGUAUUUUGUUUUACAAAAUAGGACUAAAUGAGAUUUUGUAAAUCAGAUUAUGUUUAAACCAUAGGCACAUCUACUUUAUCUAAAAGAAUCUUGAAGUAGAAAAUAUUGUAAAAUUUAAAGUUGUUUAUUUUUCUAAUAAACUUUUUCAUAUAAAAAUCUUCCCUAAAGUGGCCACACAUUACUUCUGAAUUCCAAAUGAAAGGAAAAUAAAAUGGAUAGUAAUUAACCCUCAGUGAAUAUUUUCAAAUUUGUCUUUUUUUCUUUUUCUUUUUCUU